UUUCUCAGGUAAAGAAAAGCUCAGGUGAAGCUGAAAGUGUUUCUCCAGUGUUCAACACCACUUGGUGGUUUGAGAGGAACAAUAUUGUUUUUUGGAAGCCAUGAUGACGUUAUAAUAUGAGAUAUAAUACACACGAAAGGACGACACAUUCAGUUAAAGAGCCUUUUUCUAGGAUCUUGUUUGUGGAGUUUGACAGGUUUUGUUAAACCAGAAAAACAGGAUGAACCUCUCUGAGGAAUGUGAGGAAGACAGUUCCACCCCCAACAAACACUCAGAUCUAAUCCACAUGAAGAGAUCAGACUCUCCAGCACCCAGCUGUGUGUCCAUGAAGAGUGAUGAGUCUAUGGAUCAUCCCCUAAUGUUCAAAAAUGGAGACCCCUCAUCCCUCAGUCUAAUCCAGAUAAAGAGAUCAGACUCUCCAGUAACCAGCUGUGUGUUUAUGAAGAGUGAUGAAUCUAUGGGUCGUCCACCAGUGUUUGAAGAUGAACACCCUUCAUCUGGACACAGUUUCCUGCAGUUGGGAAGAGACAUAACAGAAGAGGAGAUCAUCAUAGAUAAAGAACAUAACCAUGCUUCUGAUGCAGUGAAAGUCCAAGAAAACCUCAAGUUGAAUCUCAAACAGAAGUUUGAGUGUUUGAAUGAGGUGAUAACAAACCAGGAAACCCCAACACUUCUCAGUGAGAUCUACACAGAGCUCUACAUCACAGAGGGAGACAGUGGAGAUGUCAAUAAUGAACAUGAGGUCAGACAGAUUGAGGCAGCAUCCAGGAGAACAGAAACAGAGGACACACCAAUCAAGUGCAAUGACAUCUUUAAACCCUUAUCAGAACAAGACAAACCCAUCAGAACUGUGCUGACAAAGGGAGUCGCUGGCAUUGGAAAAACAGUCUCUGUGCAGAAGUUCAUUCUGGACUGGACUGAAGGGAGAGCAAAUCAGGAUGUCCACUUCAUAUUUCCACUUCCUUUCAGAGAACUGAAUUUGAUGAAGGACCAAAAACUCAGUUUGGUGGAUCUUCUUCAUAUACGGUUUAAGGAGAUUAAAGAAAUGGAAAUAUCCAGAUCUCACAAAGUUCUGUUCAUAUUUGAUGGUUUGGAUGAGUGUCGUUUAACUCUAGAUUUUCAGAGCGCUGUGAGAUUGGAUGAUGUCACUCAGUCAUCCUCAGUGAAGGUGCUACUAACCAAUCUGAUCAAGGGGGAUCUGCUUCCCUCUGCUCUUAUCUGGAUCACCUCCCGACCUGCAGCAGCUGAUCAGAUCCCCUCUGAGUGUGUGGAUCGACUGACAGAAGUACGAGGGUUCAGUGACCCACAGAAGGAGGAGUACUUCAGGAAGAGAAUCAGGGAUCAGAGCCUGGCCGAUAGAAUCAUCACACACCUGAGGACAUCAAGAAGCCUCUACAUCAUGUGCCACAUUCCUGUGUUCUGUUGGAUUUCAGCCACUGUUCUAGAGAGAAUGUUGGGUGAAGCAGAGAGUGGAGAGACCCCCAAAACUCUGACUCAAAUGUACACACACUUCCUCAUCAUUCAGACACAAAUCAUAAGAGGAAAGUACACAAAGAACCAGAAGACAGAUAAAGAAAUACUUCUGAAACUGGGACGACUGUCUUUUCAGCAGCUGAUGAAAGGAAACUUGAUCUUCUAUGAGGAAGAUCUGAGAGAAUGUGGCAUCGAUGUUAAAGAAGCAUCAGUGUACUCAGGUGUGUGUACACAGAUCUUCAGAGAGGAAUCUGGGCUGCACCAGAGUAAAGUGUACUGCUUUGUUCAUCUGAGCGUUCAGGAACAUCUUGCAGCUCUAUAUGUGCACCUGACCUUCAUGAAUCAAAAAAGAAAUGUGCUUAAACAAAAUCAGUCCUCUAAACUGAGGAUCCUCAGGAAAAUCUCAGAUGUACACAAGAGUGCUGUGGAUCAGGCCUUACAGAGUAAGAAUGGACAUCUGGAUUUUUUCCUUCGCUUUCUUCUGGGUCUCUCACUGGAAUCCAAUCAGACUCUCAUACAAGAGUUAGUGACACAGACAGGAAGUAGGUCUCACAGCAAGAAGGAAACUGUUCAGUACAUCAAGAAGAAGAUCAGAGAGAAUCCUUCUGCAGAGAAAUUCAUCAAUCUGUUCCACUGUCUGAAUGAACUAGAUGACCGUUCUCUAGUUGAGGAAGUUCAGCAGUACCUGCAGUCUGACAAUCUAAACCAAAGAACACUCUCUUCUUCACAAUGGUCAGCUGUGGUCUUUGUACUGCUGACAUCAGGAGAGAAUCUGGAUGAAUUUCUCUUAUGGAAAUAUAACAGAUCAGAUGAUGUUCUUCUGAAGCUGCUGCCUGUAGUUGCAGAAUCCAGAACAGCUGAUCUUUCAAACUGUAGUCUGACAAAGAAAAGCUGUGCAGCUCUGGCCUUAGUGCUCAGCUCAGAAUCCGCCAGCCUGAAAGAGCUGGAUCUGACUGAUAAUAAACUAGGAGAUUCAGGAUUGAAGCUGCUUUCUGCUGGACUGGAGAAUCCUCUCUGUAAACUGGAGACACUGUGGUUGGGGGAUUGUAAUAUCACAGAUAAAGGCUGUGCUGCUCUGACUUCAGCUCUGAAAUCAAACCCCUCACACCUGAGAGAGCUGAAUCUGUCUUUGAAUAAUCUAGGAGAUUCAGGAGUGAAACUGCUCUCUGCUGUACUGGAGAAUCCUCUCUGUAAACUGGAGAUUCUGUGGUUGUGGGGUUGUAAUAUCACAGAUGAAGGCUGUGCUGCUCUGACUUCAGCUCUGAAAUCAAACCCCUCACACCUGAGAGAGCUAAUACUGUCUGGGAAUAAACCAGGAGAUUCAGGAGUGAAGCUGCUCUCUGCUGUACUGGGAAAUCCUCUCUGUAAACUGGAGACACUGGGGUUGUGGGGUUGUAAUAUCACAGACGAAGGCUGUGCUGCUCUGACUGCAGCUCUGAAAUCAAACCCCUCACACCUGAGACUGCUGGAUCUGGCCGGUAAUAAAUUAGGAGAUUCAGGAGUGAAGCUGCUCUCUGCUGGACUGGAGAAUCCUCUCUGUAAGCUGGAGACAUUGAGGUUGUUUAAUUGUAAUAUCAUGGAUGAAGACUGUGCUGCUCUGACUUCAGCUCUGAAAUCAAAACCCUCAUACCUGAGAGAGCUGAAUCUGUCUCUGAAUAAACUAGGAGAUUCAGGAGUGAAGCUGCUCUCUGCUGUACUGGAGAAUCCUCUCUGUAAACUGGAGAACCUGUGGUUGUGUGAUUGUAAUAUCACAGAUGAAGGCUGUGCUGCUCUGACUUCAGCUCUGAAAUCAAACCCCUCACACCUGAGAGAGCUGAUUCUGUCUGAUAAUAAACUAGUAGAUUCAGGAGUGAAGCUGCUCUCUGCUGUACUGGAGAAUCCUCUCUGUAAACUGGAGACACUGAGGUUGUUCAAUUGUAAUAUCACAGAUGAAGGCUGUGCUGCUCUGACUGCAGCUCUGAUAUCAAACCCCUCAAAUCUGAGAGAGCUGAAUCUGUUUGGGAAUCACCAAAUAAAGACAGGACGUGAGCUGCUGUUUGCUCUUAAGCAUGAUAAACAUUACAGACUACAAGAUCUAAUUGUGUGAUGAUGUGAAUUAUUGAUCCCCAAAGAGACGACAAAAUGAAGAGAUGAAGUGAUUUCUGAAUGUGUGUGAGGAGCUCCAGCAGCAGAGGGAGACACAGUGUGUGUAAAUACAGUAUGAGUGUGUGAACUAGAUGGACGUGUGUGUUUGUGUACAGAAAGCUUCAUGAGAAAGAAAAUAGUAAACAAACAACACUAAUAAAUGAAUGUCUGAUAUUCAGUGAGGAAGAAUCUUCUACUCUGUCACAUUUUGGCCCACAUCUCCUGAACCAUGAGGCCUACAUUCAAAAUUCUUGAUUCUGCCUAGUCCUUGUUCUAUUCCACAAUAUGCCUCACUGGUUCUAUUUGGUGCCUCCCCCAAAUUUUCCAUCAAAAUUGGCAAAAUAUGUAUCAUCUACAUUUGUCUACUAGUCUAAGGUUUUUCAAGAAUAAAAUAAAUAAAAAAAUAAUAUGGCUGCCAUGUGCCAAUUAAACCCAUUGAAAUUUAGCUUAGUUCACAAAAAUUGCUACAGAUCAGGAUUGUUUUGGGCAAUUUUUCUGUUAUAUGUUAUUCCAAAAUCAAAUGUUUGUUCCAAA